AUGGGGUUAGAAGGGGUAUGCGGUAAGAAUGUAAGCGCUAGUAAAGAGACAGACAGGCGGUGGAUGCGUGGUGGUGCACCUAGAAGGAAGGGAUGCGUGGGAAAUACUAGGCACGUACCUGUUUUGUAUACGACAAAACAGGCCAUUUUUGCUUUCCUUUGCGCUUUCAUGCAAGCUUUAACGAUGCGAGAUUACUAUGCUGCAGCUGGGCGGCCUGACAGUUGCAUCGCAGAAUUGAACAAGAAAGAUGGCGGUGGCGGCGAGUCCUGCUUUCCCUUCACCUGCGUUACGCGUAGUACUAGCUACCUGGCGGAUCGACGGCGAGAGAGAGAAGGAAGAACAUAUGGUCCAUGCACACCUGCCAACUCAUCUUCCCUUCUCCUUCCCUCUUCGUCUUCCACUGCCGAGACCAUUCUCCCAGGAAGUCCCUUGUCAACAAUGCUGAAACAAAACGCCCCAACCUAG